UACAAUAAUCAGUCUUACACCACCCUCUAGCGGACACACGAGGAGCACCUCACGAAGGAGGCGCUUGACACCUAAAUUACCUUGAACAGCUGCUGGUAGGAUUGUAUAAUUUUUUUCGGACGUUUUCCCAUUUCAGCACCACAUUGCAUAUUUAUUUUUUAGGGCUUUGAGGUGUCCCUGUAAGUUGCAGCCCUGCAUUCCAAAAAGGAAGACGAGUACUUCGCCAUGAGCUCCGACGGGGAUGGUGACAUGGAGAAUCAGGCUGAGCUGGAGGAAAAGACUAGGCUUAUAAACCAGGUGUUGGAGCUUCAGCACACUCUAGAAGACCUGUCGUCGCGUGUGGAUGCGGUGAAGGAGGAGAACCUGAAGUUGAAGUCUGAGAACCAGGUUCUGGGUCAGUACAUUGAGAACCUUAUGUCUGCCUCCAGCGUGUUCCAGACCACUGACACCAAGAGCAAACGAAAAUAAGGGACCAGACAAGAACCGCCACUGCCCUCCAAAACCAACCCCCCUCUACCUUCAGCCCUCCUAACCCAAUUACCAGCCAAUAACCCCCCUGAACUACAGCUGGUAGAGUUUAUGCCUUUGUCGUCAUGACAUCCAUAGCCCUAGACCCUCCCCUCACUUCGCCACCUUUAAGAUUUCUACAGUGAUGCUCAAUUGUUUACAUUGGGUUACUUUUUAACUUUUCUAUUUAUGUUACAGUAUUAUUGCCAUUGUUACACAGUU